AUGAAGUCCAAAAAAGGCUUGACCACGCUAGAGAAGAGCUUGAUCUUUCUAUUUGUAGCCCUGACUGCAGUCUGCAUUGGAAUUGUUGUGGUCUAUGUCAUUGAGAAUAAAAUCAAGAAGGUGGAGGAUGUGAUCGAUAAGGGAUGUGGAAAUUUGCAGGAGCUGAUGGCUUUCUCCGGGGAAUUCUCCAGUGGGAAUUACCCCAGCAGCUACAACAAUGGCAUGAGCUGCAGUUGGCACAUCUCAGUAGAAGCCAAUAAAGUCAUACAUCUGUGGUUUGAAGACUUCUCAUUGGAGGACUCCAGUACAUGUGAGGCAGACUUUGUCACUCUUAAGGAUGAAGUUGGCACCAUUGGGAAAUACUGUGGCUUUUCCAUGCCUAAACCCAUGGCGUCUUUAGGAAACAGCAUGUUUGUGUACUUUGACACAAAUGACAGACACGCAGAGAAAGGAUUCAAAGCACUGUACCGUUCCGUGGCCCCUGAGACGACUUCAGAAAUAGUUGGAGCUGGUGGUGUUCUUCAAGGUGACCGAGGGGAGCUGUUGACCCCUGGCUUUCCUGCACAGAACUAUGAGAAUGGAGCGCUCUACAAGUGGAGGAUACAGGUACCUGAUGGGGAAAAGGUCCGGCUAACGUUCACAUCCUUUGACCUUGUCCCGGACUCAUGUGGUGACUUUGUGGACAUCUAUGAUGGUGCUAUAGUUCAUUUCUGUGGAAACAAGGCCCCAGCUCCAUUGGUAUCUACUGACAGUACUAUGCUGGUUCGUUUCAAGUCUGAAUCGAGCCUGACUGCUAAAGGCUUCAAUACAACCACCCCAACAACAACGAAUCGACCAAACACCACCACGCCUGUUCAGACUUCCACACUUGCCCCAGCAGACUCCGGCUGUGGAUCCCCUGGGAAGCUUGGACGUAAAGGUCAGAUCAACUCCAAGAACUAUCCUGAGGCUUAUCCUGCCAACCUGCUCUGCUCCUGGGACAUCACUGUGGAUGAGGGCUUUCUCAUCAAUUUGCAAGUCACUGAUUUAGCCAUCGUGGGAGAAACAGGCCAAUGCGGAGAUGAUAAACUCACAGUCUCCGAUAGUCAGCAGUCACUGGGCACAGACUGUGGGUUUGUUCUUGCCCCUGCUCUAGUCAGUGUCAGUAACACUAUGUCACUGAGUUUCCAGUCAGAUGCUCGGCUGGCCGACCGUGGCUUCUCUGCCAAAUGGGAAGCUGUGUAUCCAGAGGACCUUGCUGAUAUUCAGGGAUGUGGAGGUUUCUCGCAGGAGGAGACAGGUGUCAUCAAGUCUCAAAACUGGCCCAUGAACUACCCUGCUAACAGCAUGUGUCUGUGGACUGUACUCAGUGCCAAGGGCAAGACCAUUAAAUUGACGUUUACUGAUUUUGAUGUGGAAGAGGCAGGUACUGACAACGUGUUCGUCUAUGACGGAACACCGCCAGGAGCGAAAAAACACGGUGAGGAAAUGCAAGGGUCCAUUCUGUGGCUCUAUACUGACUUUUUCACGGAGGCCAAAGGUUUCCGUGCACACUGGACUACUGAUGCUUCCCUGCCUAUCCCCACAGAACCACCAGUACCGCCAAACCCAUGGGACGACAUCAAGAUAGGCUGGCCUGAGAGCUGUGGGGAGCCUAUGAUCCCCCCAGCUGUCAACACUCGCAUUGUGAAUGGAGAGCCUGCCGUAGCUCAAUCCUGGCCAUGGCAGGUGUCCAUGCAGAACACGCAGGAGACCUUCAGCCACACCAAUGGAUACCUUGGGCCUUUGGGCCCUUACACAAUGUAUGCAGAUGAGCUGCAGCGUUGGAAGAUGUGUCUAGGCAAACACAACCUGAUCUUCUCCAAGCCCAAUGAGCAGUGCUUUAACGUGCUGGGCAUCUAUCCGCAUGAGGGCUUCCAGUACCCAACUGUACCUUCAGUGGAGUUUGACAUUGCUCUGGUGCGCCUGGAUGGAGAUGUCAUACCCACUGACUACAUCAAUUUUGCCUGUCUGCCUUCAGUAGAGGAAGUCCUGCCCGGAGGCAAAACGUGCUGCUGGGGAGAUGAAACAGGCAACUCCACAGCUCAUAAAGUGGCUGAGACAUUGAACCAGGUGUCUCUACCUGUAGUACCAUAUGACACCUGUAAGCGCAUGGACUACUGGUGGUUCCAGGUCAAAACCUCUAUGAUCUGCUGUGGCUACACUUUAACUGACGAGCUUAAGUCUGUGUGUCAGGGCGACUCAGGUGGGCCCCUGGUAUGACAAGACAGUCCCUCAUCCCCCUGGGAGGUGCACGGCAUCACUAGCUUCGGUCCCAUUGGCUGUGUCGUGGACAAGAAGCCCAGCGUCUUCACCCGGUUCUCGGCCUACCUGCCCUGGAUUGAGAACAUCAUUCGCAAAGACAUUGUUUACCUCACCAGUUCUGGUUGUGGGGGCCUGAAGGACCUGGUUGGCACUGAGGGUGUGCUGGCAUCUAUGAACUAUCCAGACAGUUACAGUAACAGAGUGUACUGCCAAUGGAAUAUCCGUGUGCCCACAGGGAAAAACAUCCAUCUUCACUUCAACAACUUCUCCCUGGAGGAGACCACACUGUGCCUCAAUGACAGCGAUACCGUUGGCACUCUAGGUACACACUGCAGCACUUCUCCACCGAAAGAUCUGGUCACAGCUGGAGACACAAUGACUGCCAGUUUCUCCUCCAAUGACAAAGUUGUGGACUCCGGGUUCAGUGCGAUAUGGAGAGCCAUAGAUCCUGCUGACUUAGAGAGCAGUGGUGCAUCAUGGGAGGUGCAUGGUGUGGUGAGCUUCGGUCCCAUGGGAUGCAUCGUGGAUAUUAAGCCCUCUGUAUUCACCCGUGUCUCUGCCUUCAAUCACUGGAUAGAAGACAACGUGGCGCACUACAUCUAUGAGAACACUCCAAGAUAA